UUUUGUUGCGUGACGUCAUAUCCGCAUACACAAAUGAUUCAAAUUGAUGAUCUGAAAAAGCAAAGCAAGAAAUGUUGGCGUGAUUAUAAAAAAUGACGCAUAGAAAUAAAAAGGGAAAGUUUCAGGCAAUACGUAAAGAAAUAAGAAAAAACAGCGCAGCGGAAAAGCACGAACAGACUAUAGACCAGAAAACACCACAAAAAGAAGACAUUAAAGAUCCUGGUGGCGAACAAAAUCAAUCCAAAAAGCGAAAUAUCGAAAAAGACAAGAUUCAGAAUGGUAAUGGCCACAAGAAAAAAGGAACAGAAGUCGCUAAGACUAUUGAUAGUGCCGAAAAUAUACCAAGAAAAACGAAGAAAAUAGACAAGAUUUCACAGGCUUCAAAAAAAUCGGACACAGACGGUCAACAAGCCAAGAAUCAUAACAUAUUUACAACAACAAGUCCACGCGGAAAAUUGAUAGCAGAUGUCUUAUUACAAAGGCUACCGAAUGGAGCUAUUGAGCUUCCGGCUAAACUCUGCAGUGUUAUAGGCGACGUGGACAAAAUGAAGCCGUUCUUCGUACGCGACCCGAAGACGGGCAAGUCCCUGGUGGAUCCGAACGCGCGCCGCAUCCAGGACGGAAGUACGGUGCUGCAGCUUGCUAUCAAGUCCCGGAACUCAGCCGCCGUCAAACUGCUACUGGACAACGGCGCCGACUGCUCGCUAGCCGACUACAUGGGCGACAACGCCGUCAUGUUGGCCAUCAAAGAGGGCGAGGCGGCCGUCAUCAACCAGCUGUGGCCGCAACGGGGCGCGCUUGACGUCAACCACGCAAACAUCUUUGGCAUCACUGCCCUCCAUUUGGCAGCAGACCGGAAGUGGGAGGGGUGCGUCAAUUUCCUCUUACAAAAUGGCGCCAAUCCGAACGCUACCUCUACGAGUGGAAUUACUCCUCUGAUGUUCGCGGCAUGCAAGGGCGCAUUGAAGAUCGUAGAUCUGCUGCUGAAGGCUGGAGCAGACGUACUUCGGGUGGAUAACGAGUUCGACACGUGCGUGUCUCGUGUACCACUAGAGGCAAACCGAGAGGUAGUUGAGCACGUACUGGGACACAUAGGAGACGUUCAGAAGGAACAGUUCCUGGGGCUGACAAUGGACCUCAUGCAACGGAAACCCCCGCCCACCGACAUCAACAACGUCCUCGUGAACAAGUUCUUGCCCCUGAUUGAGGCGUGCACGCGGCUCCCUAGUUACCGCGAGGCCUUUCACCGGAAGAACGUUGUCCGCUUCCUCAAUGUCAACAUGAGGCAUGAAAUUCAGAGCCUCGAGGCCGCUACCAUCGCCUCGCACAUCGUUUUCUGCGUGAUGUUCCGGUUCAACAAAGACGCCGUGGACCAAGGCUUCGUCUACCAGUUUCUGGAAUGCAAAGGCCCGGACACUGUGUUUAGUCUGGUCACGAGGCUGAAAGUGGCCUUGAAAAUUAGCCACAAGGAGACGCUGAUGUUCUUUCUGCCUGUCAUAGGUCUGAGCGAGAUUCCGGCGGGUCGGAUAUGGCUUGAGAGGAACAAUUUAUUGGUAUCUGAGUACCUUGGGUACUUUGAAAGGGACAGUUUAAAGGUGUAUCUGGCCCCGCUCACUUGUCGCCAUUGGUGCAUGGAGGCUGACCGAUUUCCGUUGGUCGACCGUACGUGGAAGCGUUUCUAUGACAUUGUGAACAAAUUCGCGGCAAAGCAGAGGCAAAAGAACAUGCUGGAACUUUUAAGGGACGAAGAACUUGAGAAAACAAGACAAGCAAAGAGAAAAGAAAAAGAGAAAAAAACACCAAGAACGGAACCGAAUUCACAAAGAAACCCCAUUAAUAUUGACUACGAAACAAUUUUUGGAUAUCCAUUAGAAACUGACGUCGAAGAAAAGCGUAGUUCUCAACUUGAUGCUGAUUACAAAAUCAUCUCCGACAUGUUCUGUGGCGUGUCACCGCCAGCGUGCUCGAAUGACAAUGCAGCGAGAAAUGACGCGGCCCAACACAACACGAAUUCGAAUGGAGUCCCCAGCGCGCUCAAAACAAGUGCGCCGGUAGUGGUAUCGAAUGUUGCUAAACAGGAUGAAUGGACCACAGUACAAGGCAAGAAGAUGACUAAGGACAAAGUAGAUGAGAAACAGACGCAGAGAGUUGAAAGUCCUACAAAACAACUUCGAUUUCCAAAGAAAGACACCACCCCGUCAAAAAACCUAACAAACACAAAACCCAAAAUGCUCGUCCCGUUGGCGUUGUCUUUACGCAACAAUGCAAACCGCUUUCAACUCCUGUCUCUGGCGUUCACAGGUGGGCAGACGUAGCCAAAGGUCUCGGAAAGACAAAAUGCGAAGAGGUCACAAAAAAUACAAAUGAUGCUCUCCCAGCGAGUACGGAAACAAAUCGGACUUUUCUGAAGCAUGAUUUUCCUUCGCUCGAUGGGUCUCCAGAACAGACAGAUGAUGUCCCAGCAACGAGAACUAAACCAACAAAGAUGACGUUCACGUUCCAUGAACCAAACGAUAUCUGCAGUGUAAACCUUAUGACCCAGCCAGCGGCAUCCCCACUGUCAUUAGGCGAUAUGAUCGAACAGGAACUUUCUGAAUGUGCCAGCGCCGUACAACUCCCACUGACUGCUAGCACAUCUGUUGACAGCGCAAGCCCAAUAUGUAACCGGAAAAUACAAGCGGCUGUGACUCAGGAAGACAGAUACAGUGGUGGUGACGAAGUCAUGUCUGUUGAAUGUUUUAUGUAUGAUCCAGAAUACAUUGAAACGCCGGACAGUGAACUGGCCCAGGAAAGCACAAAGCUGACCGACAGCCCGGCUGUGAGAUGCCACGGAGGUUCUCCGAAUCAGACGAUGGGAACAAAGUGGUUGGAAGAGCUAAAUGUCACCGACGAGGACCUUUCGUCUGACGAUGACGCAUCCGUGAUCCUAGACGAACUGGCACACGCUGUCACGAGAGAAAUCGAAGAGGAUUCUGAAAAUGAGAUUAUAAAGAUCAUGGAAAAGAAUCAACGAGAGUCCUUUUAUCAGUUUGAGAAGGUUGCAUUGGAAGAACGAGAGAGUGCUGCCUUUAUUAGUUUACCGCCUUCUCCUGAAAACGUGCUACCUGCAAGAAAUGCCAUAGAUGCAUUGUUCGAAACACCGGGAUACAUUCCUCAGUCGUUUGAAAGCGAUGAAGAGGAUGGACAAGAGCAGUAGUUUUUCUAUAUCGACCUCUUCCACACCUGAUUUAGACCGAAACAUAUUGUCAACUAGUAUAGGACCAAGCCCAGAAAAUAUACAAGUUGUCCAAAGCAAAUCAAAAUUAGGAUCAGAUACACUUGACUCGCUGAAGAAUACACACAACUCAACAAUAACUUGUCCUGCUAGUCGUCCUGGAGAUAAAAAACCAGGGCCGAUUUCCCGACCCAGAGCACCCGACGAUGGUUUGUCAGGAAAUAUAACAUGUCAGCUCCAAAAAGACACACACAUAAACUCUCCUCCAAAGUCCGCCUUUAAGACACCGUUAAAAACCAUUGGUCAGCAAAUCCUUCAUAACGUUCAACGCAUGGAUAAGGCAACUUCAUUGCAAAUACCAGACGAAGUUGGGGAUCCAAGUGAUUUGGGUGGUGUUCCAGUAACCGAAGACGAUGUGCAACGCAAGGAAGAUAUCCCGAAAUCAUCGGAACAUUUCUUUCCGAGUUUUCACGAAACACCGAAACAAACGGCGAACAUAAUUGAUUCAGGUUAUAGCCUCUUUCAAGAGUUUCAAAUGCACCGC